AAACCGGCUCUCCGUGGGUAGGAAGCCCCGCAGAGCUAGAAGGGGAGGUGGGUGCGGAGCGUAGUCCGUGACCUGGUCUGGGCUGUGCGAGAAGAGUAGAAGUCUCUGGAAAGGGGGAGUUCAAGGCGCAGAACUGGAGGCUCAACAGGUCGGGAAGAUGUGGUAAUUGAAGAGCGAGGGAGGCCAAAGGUGAAGUACAGACGAGGAGACUCUGCAGCAGCAAGAUCAUGGAGCUGAAAUGGCUACUGUAUGUGACGCUGCUCGCUCUUGGGACUCUUGCUGUCCAGGCACAUGAUACGGAUGAUGACAAUGAUGGCGAUGAUGUAGUUGAUAUUGAGGAUGACUUGGAUGAUGGCAUUGAGGAGGUAGAAGAGUCAAAACCUGAAACGAGCACUCCUCCUCCAACUCCAAAGGUUACCUACAGGGCCCCAGUCCCAACUGGUGAGGUAUAUUUUGCCGAGUCCUUUGAUAAAGGAACUCUAGAUGGAUGGAUCCUUUCCAGAGCAAAAAAAGAUGAUACGGAUGAUGAGAUUGCAAAAUACGAUGGUAAAUGGGAAGUCCAAGACAUGAAGGACACUAAGCUUCCAGGAGACAAAGGCCUUGUAUUGGUAACCAGAGCCAAGCAUCAUGCAAUUUCAUCCAAACUUUCAAAGCCUUUUGUAUUUGAUACCAAACCCCUUAUUAUACAGUAUGAAGUAAACUUCCAAAAUGGAAUAGAGUGUGGCGGGGCCUACGUGAAACUGCUUUCCAAAACCCCUGAAUUGAAUCUGGAUCAGUUCCAUGACAAAACUCCAUACACAAUCAUGUUUGGCCCUGACAAAUGUGGAGAGGACUAUAAAUUGCACUUCAUCUUCCGACACAAAAACCCAAAGACUGGCAAAUAUGAGGAGAAGCAUGCAAAGCGUCCAGAUGCAGACCUGAAGACUUACUUUACUGAUAAGAAGACCCAUCUUUAUACUCUGGUCUUGAAUCCUGAUAAUAGUUUUGAAAUACUGGUUGAUCAAACAGUUGUCAACAGUGGGAAUUUGCUAAAUGAUAUGUCUCCUCCUGUGAAUCCACCCCGGGAGAUUGAGGACCCGAAUGACCAGAAGCCUGAGGACUGGGAUGAGAGACCAAAAAUCCCAGACCCAGAUGCUGUUAAACCAGAUGACUGGGAUGAGGAUGCCCCUGCAAAGAUUGCAGACGAAAAUGCUGUGAAACCAGAGGGCUGGCUGGAUGAUGAGCCAGAAUAUGUAGCGGACCCUGAUGCUGAGAAGCCUGAAGAUUGGGAUGAGGAUAUGGAUGGUGAAUGGGAGGCACCUCAGAUUGCAAAUCCUAAAUGUGAGACAGCCCCUGGCUGUGGUACCUGGCAGCGACCGAUGAUUGAUAAUCCAAACUACAAAGGCAAAUGGAAGCCUCCUAUGAUUGAUAAUGUGAACUAUCAGGGUAUAUGGAAACCUAGGAAGAUCCCAAACCCAGAUUUCUUUGAAGACUUGGAACCUUUCAAGAUGACUCCCUUCAGUGCUGUGGGACUUGAGCUAUGGUCAAUGACUUCUGACAUCUUUUUUGACAACUUCAUCAUCUGUACUGAAAGAGCUGUGGCUGAUGAUUGGGCCAGUGAUGGGUGGGGACUGAAAAAGGCAGCUGAUGGUGCUGCAGAGCCUGGUGUUGUGGGCCAGAUGAUGGCAGGUGGGGAUCCCUGGCUUUGGGUAGUCUACAUCCUCACUGUGGCUUUGCCAGUGUUCCUUGUUGUCCUUUUCUGCUGUUCUGGGAAGAAACAGCCAAGCGCUGCAGAAUACAAAAAGAGUGAUGCUCCUCAGCCUGAUGUGAUGGAUGAGGAGAAAGAGGAAGAAAAAGACAAAGGGGGCAAGGAAGAUGAGGAGGAGGAGGAGGAGGAAGCAAAUGAGGAAAAGCUAGAAGAGAAGCAGAAAAGUGGUGCUGAUAUAGGAAGUGCUAGUCAAGAGGAGGAGGAAGAGGAGGAGGAAGAGGACAGGAAACCUGCAUCAGAGGAGGAGGAAACUGUGAAUAGAUCGCCCAGAAACAGAAAGCCAAGGAAAGAUUGAAAAAAGUCGUAAGAACUUGAUCUGUGAUUUUUUUCUUUUUUUUUUUUUUUUUUUUCUUCCCCCCUGCCCUCCCUCCCCCCAUGGUUCUGGGAGAGGACCUUGGACACCUUACAUUGAAACUUGGACAAACAUCAAGACUUCACCAUCCACAGGUUCCAGUCACACUAUCCAAUGUAAUGGAGUGUCUAGCAGUAAAAUACUUGCAAUCAUCUGUUUUCAAGAACAUCAUUCCUGUAGAAAGAAUGUGUUUAGUAUAAUGGGCUGUGGAUUUUGGAAUAUAACAUAACUAACCUUUUUCAUUUUUGGUUUUAAAUAUUCUUUUCUAAGUAGAUUGAUAGAACUUUUCUGGUCUCAAACCUUGGCUUAAUUUAAUAUAUUAAUUAGUCAAAAAUAACAAUGAAUCUUGAAAGUACUAGGUGAUAAAAAUGUAGUUUUAUAACUAGUUUUUUUUUUUACAAAUAUGUAAAUUCUUAAAUGCACCAAUGUCUUUAUAUCCCUUUAUAUCCCUUAAAAUUUGAUAAUUGUUUAAAGAAAAGUUGUUGAUGUAUUUGACAACCCCUCUGCCCUCAAAAGAAAACUGGGAGGGGAUGUAUGGGGAAAUUAGUAGUGAAACUCUCUAAUCAGUCAACUUCAUUCUCUUGGGGGGAGGGGAAAGAGGAAGAAGGGGUGGAAGCAAGGGGUUAGUCAGUCUGCAGAAUAUGCAUACCAUGCAUGACUAAAGCCCUGUUAAGUGUGGACAACUGAUCUAGGAUUGGAGUGGGUCGUCUUAAUGUGGCAUUUAAUCCUGCAGACCUUGCAGAUAAUGGAUUUUGUUAGUUCUUGAACUCUUUUUGUAAAGCUAAUGGGUUAUUGGGGGGGCGGUUAGACUACUUCCCCCUUUCCCCUCUCUUCAGCUACUGAUGGUUUCCUUUCUCUGUGACUAUACAGUUUUUUCCUGAGUGUGGCUUUGCCUCAGUUGCUGAAGCACUUCAUGUUCAGCUCAUCAUUGAACUCUAUUUUUUUUUUUUUUUUUUUAUAGCUAGGCCUACUCCUUUCCAGGGUCCAAACGCUGGAUAGGACAGUGUCCCAUAUCCUCCCACUGUUACCAGUGUAUGUCUACUCCUGUAGAAAUGGGGGAGGUAGUCAGGUAGACAAGGUGCACCUGAGUAUUUGUUAAGGAGGGGAAAAAAAAAAAAAAAACCACAAAUGAAACCAACCUGAAACCAACCCAAAACCAACAACCAACCGAGAUGUCAGUAUUGUAGGUGGGGAAGGAGCAUGUGGAGUAUCUUAACUGGUAUGUGAAACUGUUUAAGUCUUUUAUCUGCUCUUCAUGUAACAAAUGCAUCCUAAAUUAUGUUGUGAAUGUUAGGGAGUUCCAAUUCCAGCUGAAUAAAGUUUUUUAAAGCGUUGAGUCUACAAUAUUAUGCUGUUUCAAACACUUUUUUUUUUUUUGUGGAAUGCAGGUGAUCACUACAAGAGCAUACCUCUAAGGGUGAAAUCUGUGUAACUUCAUUACACUGUACCAAAUAUGUUGGCGUUUGGAUGUCUAUAUAGAUAAACUUUUGCCUUUGUUUAGAGUGAAAUUAAAUGUCCUGAAAUUACUCUUCUUGCACUGAAUUUAAACACUCCAGUGUUGUUUGGUCAUAGCAUAGGUAUAGUGUGGGGAACAGUUCCCAGGGGCUGGGGAGGGAAGAGUGUUCCAAUUACCUUGCAAACAAUCUAACCGAUUACUAAAAGACUCUUGGUUUUUUGGGUUUUCUGUAAAACACCUUUUGCUGCCUGUCCUUACGUUGUAUCCCUUGGUUGUUGUGUUUGAAAUACUAGUGGUCACAAAUGCAUAGCAGGAUUUCUUGAUCUUUCUGCAGUGUGCAAAUAAACUAUUGUAACCAAGA